AUGUUGUUAAAAUGGAAAUAAUAUUCCACCUUCUUUCCCUCACAGUUAUUACAUGGAAUUUACACCAAAUGCCAUUAAGACGAUGUAAAUGAGAGUGACUUAUUUAAUGUAAGUUUUUGUUGGAAAUCAACCGAACUAUUUACGCUCGAAAAGCAGAGCAUGGAAGAAAUAAGCGCAGUUUUUACAUUACUUAAACUUGGUUAAUUUAUCACCCAAAAGUCUUCUUACACCUUAUCUUUAUUAUCGAUUGUUGACCAAUGUAAGCUCUCUGGUUGCUUCAAAGCUGAUAUCAAUAUGAGAUACGGAGUUGAGAGCGGGGGUGACUUUUAUUGUUUAUCGUUAAACGUUAUUUUUUUGACGACUGCCAGUGUCCAUGAACGCUGCAUAAAAUGAAAGUAAGUUGCGACCUCUAGUGGUGAUGACACAUUAUCACCGACCGACACCAACUUGUUAAAACGUUGAAUACCCUUUCAACCCUCAACGUUAUAAUUAUUAUGUGCGCUAUUUAUUUAUACAUUGUGACUUUAAAUGCACAAGUUACGCAAGUGGUGAAAUAAGAUAAAGAACAAAAUAAUAACAACAUCGUGCGUGUGUGUAAAACAUUAAACCACAACCCAAUCGCCCAAUCUUACUACCAUUUCCUCGAAUUAAAUUACUCAUUAAAGCUAGAAUGAUGUCAAGUAACAUGUUAUAUCCUCCCUACUAAGUCACCCUUCGAAUUGCUGACAAUGUGAGUAUUACAUUUGAAUAUCUGCAUAACCGAUCAACCGAAGCAACUUGAACAAACGGUCUCACCAGCUCCAGAGCAACAAGCGCUGGCACGCUCAUAAAAGAAACCCCACCGGGCCACUGUCCGUGUUUGGGCCACCAGAGAGUUACAGAGCAGUCCACGCCUUCACAUGUAACAAAAACAAGUCUUACUGCGGAUAAACCUAACGCAGCUCUCCGUGAGUAAAUUUCGCUUUAUGCUAUGCUGGACUGAUAAUGCAGCUGUCCUGUGAGUCAGUGAGAUUUCCUGAGGACAGAAGACCGGCCAGCUGCAAGUUCGUAGAGCUCCAUGUGCUCUAUGUGCCAGGUGACCAGUGGAAUGUGAAGCUCAAUAAAAUCCCUGCUGAAGCCAUAGAGAGCUUCAUAUCUGCCGGCUUCAUCAGGGUUUAUCCUGAUAUCACCCUGAAAACUCUGAGGAAAGAGCUGGGAGCUUUUCUUGGCGCUGAGAGGAGCAUCGACAAAUUCUCUUUUCUGAAAUGUGUGGGGCGCAGCUUGGCUCUGGUCAAGAGCAAACAGGAGAGGGAUCUUAAAGUGAAGACAUUCGCUCCACCGUAUGCUCCACAGCCGGAGCUCUACCUGCUACCCACUGUGGAGAAUGACAGCAGUGUUUGCUCCCAGUCUCUCACCCCAGACACCAGCAGCAGCUCGUCGGACCAUCAGAGCUAUUACCAGCCUCCAAAGACCUGCAGCCAGCCAGCAGCAACAAAGGAGCCUGUUAAAUUCCCCCUCAUCCCCCAGUGUUCCCAUCAGCCACCUCCCACUCCCAGUCUGGAAGAGGAGGAGGCAGAUGAAGAGCAAAGCUAUAGUUCUUCAGAGGCAGAAAGAAACUAUGAAGAGGAGGGUCUAUCUUCCAAUUUAGAGUGGGCAGAGCAGCACUGUUGCACACAGAAGCAUCACAAUCAAAGGGCACCACAGCCUGUUUCACCAAAUAAAGCUUUACAGCGGUGUGAGGCAGAUUCAGUUGAGGUCAAGCAAAUUGAAGAAAUCUGCACAAAGAAGAAACAGCACCAGAGAGAGAACAGAGCAGCCAGAGACUCAGGAGUCGCCCAGCCGCUGGAGGACAGAGAUUCCGGCUUUUCUCUCACAGAUGGGAUCGGGAAAUUGAAAGACGCACAUGCACCGAGGUCCAUCAGGAAUAAACAAAGCAGUCAUGUGGAAGAAAGUGCAGCUUUGUUGUCUCGGCCUGGGUACUCUUCUCCUCCUCAGGGACCAGAAUUUGCCAUAGUCAUUCCAAAAAAACCCGUCCAUCGUGUCUUUCACACAAACAGAGAGGAAAUGAUUGAGGAAAUAAAGAUGGUGAAGGAGGAGAGAAAGCAGCUGGAGUGGACAAGGCAGGAGUUGCUAAGAAAGGGGAAGGAUUUAUUGGCUCAAAACAGACAUCGCAGGAACAAAGCCCGUGACAGUUGGAAGAAGAAAUAUUUUGAAACUAAAAAGGCCACAGCGCCUUUGGAGGAAAAUCUGAGAAACCUAAGACAGGAAUUGGAGACAUUUUACAACAAACUCUUGCACCAGCUCCAGGCCAGAGAUAACAGAAGGAAGCCGAGACGACAGGGCCGAUCCUCCAUAAAGAACGAGCUCAUCAUUCAGAUCAUGACGGAGAGCCACGAGAUUGACAACCUAAAGAGGAAGGUAGAGGAUGCCAAGAUGAAGCUCAUAACAGAGAUAAAGUUGAGGAAACAGGCUGCCACAGAGCUGAGGGCCCUGAAGGCUGAGCUGGCCCAGAAGAAGAGUCAGUCCUCUCAUCCCGGUCCCACGUCCUCUCUGGGAUUUGGAAAUACCACACGGGACACACUGCAGGCUCAAAGAACCUGUAUUUGAUUCAGUGCAUACCAGGGAUCCUACAGUUCAAGGCAAGCUGGAUUAAAGUCAGUCUAUCAUUCAAGGUCUUCCUGCUAAAGAUUCACAGGUCAGGGUUUUUUAUAUACAAAAAUGGAGGUUAGCAAUUAUUUUAUAUUUUAUAUUACAAUGACAGACAAAAAGGUGUCUUAAAACCCUUUUUCGUACAGAACAAUUGAUAUAUUAGUAGUUUUGUUGUGCUGUCUACAUGUCCUUUCAUUUUUACCUGUGCUUUGUGCUGUUACUUUUCCUGCUUUUUAUUAUUAAUUGUAUUAUAAUUUCCUGUUUGAUGUGAUCAGGUUUUUUCACAAAGUUGGUACUUGGAAUUUCUCAGGUGCUGUAAAACAUGUUUUUAGCUGGUUGUGUAACUUCAAUAAUUCACAGAAGUAUCAGAACAUGUUUUAUUUAUGAUAAGCAUAAAGCAUAAAAGUGCAGGUAUCUCACUAAGCUUAAUAUCAUGAAAGGAAAAAUACUGUUUGUGUCACAUUGAAAAGAUUGGUUGUCUUUUUUUCCAAGAAACAGUUAUUUCAGUUUGCACAGAGGAAUGUCUGCGAUGUAACUACAUUCAAUGAUAACAGCAAUAAAAGCCACAAUAACAUCUGAAGUGCAAGUAUGCAUCCCUGAAUAGAGGGAAGCCCCACCCCAUUACUGCUAUAAAGGGUUAUAUUGACUUAACA